CCCGCCCCGGAAGUGCAACCCUGAGUCUUCCAGGUGUGGAUUCCGCCUGUCACCAAGAUGCCGGGAGCCGCGGCGAAGGGCUCGGAGUUGUCCGAGAGGAUCGAGAGCUUUGUGGAGACCCUAAAGCGGGGUGGUGGGCAGCGCAGCUCGGAGCACAUGGCUCGGGAGACCCUGGGGCUACUGCGCCGGAUCAUCACGGACCACCGCUGGAGUAACGCAGGGGAGCUGAUGGAGUUGAUCCGCAGAGAGGGCCGGAGGAUGACGGCCGCGCAGCCCUCGGAGACCACGGUGGGCAACAUGGUGCGGAGAGUGCUCAAGAUCAUCCGGGAGGAGUAUGGCAGACUGCACGGACGCAGUGAUGAGAGCGAUCAGCAGGAGUCCCUGCACAAACUCUUGACAUCCGGAGGCCUGAGCGAGGAUUUCAGCGUCCAUUAUGACCAACUUCAGUCCAACAUAAUUGAGGCGAUUAAUGAGCUGCUCGUGGAGCUGGAGGGCACCACGGAGAACAUUGCAGCCCAGGCUCUGGAGCACAUCCAUUCCAAUGAGGUGAUUAUGACCAUUGGCUUCUCCAGAACAGUGGAGGCCUUCCUCAAAGAGGCUGCCCGAAAGAGGAAAUUCCAUGUCAUUGUGGCAGAGUGUGCUCCUUUCUGCCAGGGUCAUGAAAUGGCUGUCAAUUUGUCCAAAGCAGGUAUUGAGACUACUGUCAUGACUGAUGCUGCUAUUUUUGCUGUUAUGUCAAGAGUCAACAAGGUGAUCAUUGGCACAAAAACCAUCCUGGCUAAUGGUGCGCUGCGAGCUGUGGCAGGAACCCAUACUUUGGCACUGGCAGCAAAGCACCAUUUCACACCACUCAUCGUCUGUGCACCCAUGUUCAAGCUUUCCCCACAGUUCCCCAAUGAAGAAGAUUCAUUUCACAAGUUUGUGGCUCCUGAAGAAGUCCUGCCUUUCACAGAAGGGGACAUUCUGGAGAAGGUCAGCGUUCACUGCCCUGUGUUUGACUACGUUCCCCCUGAGCUCAUUACCCUGUUUAUCUCCAACAUCGGUGGGAACGCACCGUCGUACAUCUAUCGCCUGAUGAGUGAGCUCUACCAUCCUGAUGACCAUGUCUUAUGACCACCACUUACUCUAAGCAGAAACUGCUUAGUCACAGUGGAGAGGAGACUCGGUGCUGCUGCUACAAUGCAUCCUCCUAGCAGUGGGGGAGUGGACAGAGUAAACCUUAAAAACUUGAUCCUGUUUCUGCCUUUUUAGUCAUCCCAGAACAAGCCACACAUCCAGGACUGGCUCUUGCCUUUUAGGUCUUAAAAGAGCAGCAGGGCUUUGCCUAUUGAUUUUGGAGCCUCUUAGUGCCUGGCUGUGUCUGUUUCAGGGACUUCAACUUUCUGGUUCAGUGGUGUGUUAAACAUAACACUGACUACCUUGCUGGGAUACAAAUUUUUGCUCAGAAAUGGCUCCUACAUCUUUUCCUAGGCUAUGCCAAUAAAAGCUACUGGAAGGCUCC